CGGUGAAUCGUGGUUGUACCUUUGCACCGAACGGGGGUCGGCCUGGAACAUGUUGCUAGUGCAGAUCGCGCGCACACUGGGACUCGAACACCUUCAUUCUAAGCGUAACAGAUGUUGGUCCACAUCCUUGCGAGCUAUCCCAAGCUUUUUCGCGUUACCUUUUUUUCCCCUGCUUUGCUUUCAUCUAUUUCUUGGGCUAGGGUCCUCUCUGCCACAAAUGUGAAAACGGCUCGGUUUGCGCGACUUAAGGAUGUACACGUAUGGUGUAACGGUCGGGAGGCUCUGCCCGUGUUCCUGGUUCAAUCCCAGCUAAUGUUAUCUUGCCACGGUUUUGUUGCUUUUGCUUUUCUUGCCAUCGGGAAAGAAACAUGGAUCUGGCUAACAAGGGAUAUGUUAAGCUGAAAUGUGUGAUCUAUACCUCAGCAACGGUUACAUCGUGAAUCGAACGUUAAUCUCAUGAUUUUUUGCUUUUUUGACUAUUUCUUCUGCCCUUGCCAUUUUUCUGUCAUAGUAUCGCAUUACCUGUCAGGGAUCUUCAUUGAUAAUGAAAU